GUUGCUUUCCACAAACAGCUGACGCCACUUUUAAUUAUUUUGCGUGAAAUUUAUAUCGUAAUGUUGAAAUUUUGUUGGAAAUUUUAAUAAUUAACUAAUAAAAUAUACAUAAAUCUCGAAAAGAAAUCAAUAGACUGUUGUAGUGUGUGGUAGAAAACAAAGUUACAUCCCCCUCCUUCACAAGCAAGACUGUGUAGACUGAUUGCCGAACAAAGUUCAGCUAAUUUAUUUAGUUUGAUAAUUUCGUUAAACAAACAAAAAAUUUGGUUAAUAUGACAGAAAGUGCCACAGCCAGUAAUUUUCGUAGUCCGGUGGUAGCUGAACCGAUUUUAAUGCCCCCCACUAUGGGUGGCGGUGGUGAUAUGGGCAUGUCUAGUUUGGGUUCAGAUGCCAUUUUGAGAACCCCUGCUGGUAAUGUCAGAUCUUUAGCACCACCUCCUUUGCCAAUGGGUCCUACUUCGCAAUAUUCUGGCGGUAUGGGUGGUGGUGCUUACGGUGGAGGUUAUGGUGGCUAUAGCAGUGGUUUUGGUAGUUAUGGAGGAGGCUAUGGUGGUUAUGGUUCUAGUUAUGGUGGUGGUGGCUAUGGCGGUUUUGGUGGCUUAGGCGGUUAUGGAGGCUAUGGCGGUGCUGGUGGUGGUUAUGGCACUUAUAACCGUUUUGGCAUGUCUGGUGGUGUGAAUCCUAUGGAUCCUGAGGCUCGAUUUAUACAAUUAGCUGAGGCUAGUUCAAGGCCGGCUUUUCAGAGUAUAGAAUCUUUGGUAUCGGCCAUUGGUAAUAUAGCUUCAAUGUUGGACUCCACUUUCUUUGCCUUAACCAGCUCAUUUAGAGCUAUACUUGGAGUGGCCGCCAACUUUGGACGUUUAAGGGGAGUAUUUGCACAGUUUUGGUCUACAUUUGCCAUAUUCCGGGGUAUGACUUGGUUGUAUAGAAAGAUUCUUUAUUGGCUGCGCAUCUCCAAUUUGGAUCCCUCCUCGGAGUCCUUUAAAAAAGCCUUUGCCGAGGCCAUGAACGAGUCUACAAAUCAACAGGGUGCUCCCAAGCUGCCACGUAAAGGACAAUCACCUUGGCCGGUUUUAGCUUUCCUUAGUUUUAUAUUUACCGCUCCUUAUUUGAUUAUGAAACUAUUGGGCACCGUUACUAAUACUGCUCAGGAGGAAGCCCGUAAUCCCAGCAAAUGGGUUCAACCCAUAGAAUCCGUAGCUCUUUACGAUUUCCAAGCUAGAAAUCCCUCUGAGCUAACCAUAAGAGCCGGCCAACGAAUUAUUAUUGCCCCCAAAGAAAUACAAAACACUUUGGCUCUACUCAACACCGGCUGGGCCAUGGCUACUGCAGAUGGACAAAUGACUGGCAUAAUACCCAUAAAUUAUGUAAAAUCACCCCAACAAAUGAGACAAGAACAAUUAUCGAAACCAGCUAUGGAUAUACAGCCAAACAGCUCCCCCGUACAUGUACCCAUUACUGAGGUUAAUGCUGCUCCCCAGCCAAGUUUAAUGAACUUAUCCACAUCGGCAUUUGCCGCGCCUCCACAGCAAACGCCGCCAGUAACUUCUAACAUUCCCGAUUUUGAUAUAGCGCCACAGCCAGUUGGACCUCCUAAUACGGCAAAUGUAGUUAUGCAAAAUGAUUUUUAAGUGAGAUUAAGAUAUAGAGGUAUAAAGGUGAGGUGUUUUUUGUACACAGUUCGGCCUUGGUUAAACAGUUUCAUUCAGGUUUUCAAUAUUUACAACACAAUUGUUUAGUUCUUAAGGUUUUUUUGCAAUUAAGUGCUUUGCUUUAAGUUAAUUUUAAAUUUUUUGUGAAAAUCAUUUCCUCUUUAAAUUUUCCUUUUUGAUUAUUUUGCUGUUUUAUUAUUAUGAUUAUUUCCUCUUUAACUUUUCCUUUCAUUAUUUUGCUGAAAUCUGUUGUUUAGAAAAUCGAAAAAACUGUUAUUUUAUGUUUUUUUUAUCUAUAAUAUUAGGGUUAUGUGUACAAUUUUAAAAUCAAUAGUAUUGAAUUAUAUAUAUUUAUACAAAAAGAGCAAAUAGUUUUUAUGGAUUUUUAUAGAAAUUAGCUUUAAAAUAUUAAUCAAUUUUUCUAAAAUUUUAAAAUAAUUAUUUUUAAGUACAUAAAUACAUACAUACUAUAAUUAUACAUAUAAUAUACAUAAAUAAAAUAGAAAUGAAUAAACGUGAUUAAUUUUCCUUUCGAAAACUUCUAAUAUUAAAAGAAAAA